AUGCAGCCGUCACAGUCGGAGGAGGCCUCCGAAGCUUCCGAUGAGGAGGAGAGCACCUGGAAGUGGUCCGAGCUCUCGCCGGUGGUGCUGACAUCCGCGCUGCCGGAGGGCGUGCCUUCUCCUGAGCUUUGCACCCGACUGCGCUGGGUCCGGCUCUUCUGGUGGCUGGCGCUGUUGGUCUUCUACGCUUCUGUGCUGCUUCUGGCAUCCACGGACAGGGAGCUCUCCAGCGCUCUGCGACAAGAGGCGGUGGAGGAGCUCUUCCCAGACUGGAACAAAGCCGCUGAGCGGAUGAAGGAGGGUAUGAAGACGCCCGAGCUCAAGGAGCUGUUGCACGUUGACGAUGUGGCCUCGACACUCACCAUCUUCAACGACCGCUGCCGGGAUCAGUCCUUCGUCAGCACCUCCAUGAAGGCUGUGUGGGAGUGCAAGCUCUUCGACGUCGUGGUGAACCGGCUCUCAGGUGCAGAGUGGGACCCGGCUAUGAACCGAAACCUUCCGGACACUGACUCCGACAACGUCUUCGGAACCGGCAAGAAAGGCAUCUUCGAGACGAAGGUUAACGAUGCUUCUAAGGAGCUUGCCAACGAACGACGUCGGGCUAUGCAGACCAUCUGCAGUGACAUCUUCUUCCAGAACCACGUGGCCAUCGGCGACGACCCGAAGAAAGUGCCCUGGGGCAACGUGACCGCGUUUGACGAGGAAGUGGUCAAUAAAGCGACUGGCGGCAGCGACCUGCACCGAGACUUCGAUUUUUUUCCAAACCGCGGUCACGGUCAGACUGCCAUCACCCAGCGACUCGUGCAGCUCCACAAGGAUGCGCAAGAGACGCAGAAGGGCAUGGACAAGAUCACCAGGGCCCUCCAUCUGGACCCCGAGCCCCCGGAGGAACAGCCCGAGGAUGACCCACACUCGCUGCAAGGGCAUGGCUCCCCUCGGCUCCACCGACGAAAUCCGUGGCUGCUUGACGUGGAGGCUCAACCCGGAAGCGGAAGCCUUCUGGAAUCCGGACGUGGCGGCCGUGGGAGUUCCCGGCAGCCGAUCCAGUGGAACGAAACUCAGCGAGAGGAGGAACGGGAGAAGGUCGAGGAAGACGAUCAGUACUACGGACCAGGCUGCUUCGACACCAGCGAUGUUGCAGGGCUUCUGCGAGAUCUCUGGUCCCGGCACAUAGGCCAGGGAAGCACCAGCAUGGGUAAGCACUCGGCGGAGGCAAUGCUGAAGGAAGUUAUGCCAAACGUCACAGGUGAUAGCUUGGAGAGGCUCUGGCAGUCAAUAAACCAUGACGAUCACGGCGACGGCAAUCAGUCGCUCAGUGCCAAGGAGUUCCUGGACUUUGCCGAAAGUCAUCUCUCAGAGCUCCAAUUCCCGGUGAGAGGCUACUUGAACCUGGAGUGCAGGAACCACCACUUCAGUCUCAUUGGGCUCUGCAAGCCCGAAUACAUCUCAGUGUUGUACCAGAUUGGGUUUGUUCCAUCGUCACCUGGGCACAAAAGUGAGCGAGGCCGCUGCGGCACCCGGAUGCACAUCCGCAUGAUUUUCAAGCAGCUUGAGACGGGCGCAGGCUGGUACAAGGCCGAUCUGCGCAUUACGGUGAAGAGUCAAGUGGGAGCUGCCUCCACCACGAUGAUCGUCAUGAUGUUCAUAACCCUCACAUUGUGCCUCCUCCUGACACUCUUCGACACUACAUUGACGCUCAUCCUCUUGCCACUGAACCUCCUGCGCGUCCUUCAGCUGGAUCUACCGAGCACUUCCUACGAGGAAAUCGAGCACUUGCUCUGGUUGAAAGUCUUGUACAUCGUCGAUGCGAGGGGUGUGUUGAGUCGCACCUCGCAGUCGGUCGUGAUUGUGAUCGAACGGCUGAUCGGGAUUAGUUUUGUGGCUGCAUGCGUGCAAGCCGCGAGAGAAGCUCUCAUGCCAAACUCAAUGCCGAUGGGUGGGAUGAGUGAUCGAUGUGUGCUAGCCUGGCUACGGGCAAACAAGGAGUGGAUCAUCAACUCGCUACGUGGCGUCUAUGUCGAGCAUGGCCUGAGCAUAUUGACCUACCUGCACGAGUGCACAAGUCUUAGUGGGCUCGAAUAUGCCGGGGAGCUCGUCUUUCAGCUGUUGUUUGAGGAAGAGGGCAGCUAUCAUGCCUUGGUAGUAGGUUUGGUGUUCGUGCGUGUGUUGGAGAGCUUCAACCUGACCUAUCGGCUCCGGUGGCUCCCACGCACGAUCUUCCUGGCCAAGUUUAAGCUCAUAAACUUCGUUAUUGCGUAUGUCGCGCUGGUCGCAGGCUUCGCGCUGCUGAUGACACUGUACUUCGGGGAGCUGUAUCAGCAGUAUUCGACACUCGACAGGUCCUUCCACACACUUCUCGUGUACAGCUUCGGCAUGACCGAACGUGCCACCUAUGGAAUGCAGCCAUUCAUCGAGAGAAGUGGCAGCCACUUGUAUGCUGCGCUCUUCGUCUUCAGCGUCUUUAUGGUCACGAUUAUUCUGAACAUGUUCACCACCAUCGUCAUCGAUGCUUUCGCAGCGGAGGGAGAUCCGGAGAAGUUCAGCCGGAUGUACCAGGAAGAGGUGAAGGGCCUCACCCACUCGCUCCUGAGAUUCUUUGGGAAAGGUCAUGUGGUGGCCCGGUCACUCCGGAAGACGCACCGGGCCAGUGCCAGCGGGUCCUUUCCCGGUGACCACCAGGACCAGGGCCAUCCAUCUCAGGCCCUGGCCGAGGCUGAGGCAAAAGAGGAGCGAGUCCAGGAGUGA